UUCUUUAAUCUUAUAAAAAAAAAACCAAUUCCCCCACUUCAUAUUUGUAGCUACUUCUUCCUCCUCAAGUCACAAGCAAGUCAGAGACUACAGAGCUCAUUCUUAAACCGGUUAAAAAAAAUACAAAAAUGGGAAGAGACUGGUCCUGGCUCGGCGGAGGGAAGAAGAAAUCCUCAAGCAAGUCAAAGAAAGAAGAAAUCAAAACGCCACCACCGCCGCCACCACUAUCAUCGUCUCUCGCCGAGAAUACUGCAACGGCGGCUGGUUGUAUGAGUGCUGUAUUCAACAUUUUCGAUCUUCAACAUUUACAGUUUCCUAUUAACCACCACCAUCUUCAUCUUCCUAAAGGUGUAGAUGCUCCAAGAAACAGCUUCGAAUCAACGGAGGAGGAUACGGAGACUACAUCUUCACCAACCAGAAAAGAUGGAAAUCUAAAUAUCUCUAUGGGUAUCAAAAUCAAGACCAAACCACAAGCAAGAUCAUCUGUUACAGCUACUGAAUCUUAUUCUCCGAGCAUAAAGACACCAACUUUGGUUGCUAGACUCAUGGGUCUUGAUCUUGUUCCUGACAAUUACAGAUCAUCUCCUACUCCAUCUUCUUCGUCUUCUUCUACCUUAAUCGAUCUCAAGACACCAACAAGAUCUUCUCACUCCAAGAAACACAGACAUUACUCUCUCCAAAGAAACUCUGUAGACGGAGGCACACGUUCUCUUCCCGAGACUCCGAGGAUUUCACUCGGGAGAAGAUCCGUUGACGUCAACUGCUCCUACGAACACCAACGUUCCUCACUUCAUCUCAGAGACAACAACAACAACAACGUGUUGUCUGGUAUUAACAAUGUCAAGCUCACGAGGGUCAAAGAGAUGAAGAUACACGAAGAUAAAGAGAAUCGGAGUCCACGUGAGUACGCUAGACAGAUAGUGAUGCAGUUGAAGGAGAACGUGAGCCGACGGAGAAGAAUGGGAACUGAUAUUACCAACAAAGAACAACAAUCAAGAGAAGAGACUCAUGACUCCAAGAAAGCAUCAUCUAAGAUCACAAUCAUCACUCAUGAUUCAUCCCCGAGAGUGGGAUCAACGGAGAUCCCCAAAACCAAACAAACCUCACUUCAGACAAAUAAUGUCGCUUCCAAGAAUCUGGAAACAACAACAGUGAAGGUUCAGGACAAGAACAGGUUACCAACAGUGCAAGAAGAGCCACAAGUAACAGAGCAAGCAAAACAGAGGAAGUCUAGAAAGAAAUGCAAGAAACCAGAGAAUUUCAAGUCGAGAUUAGGGAAGCCGCCACAGACAAUGCAAGAAGAGCCGUUUGUUCGACCACCAGCAACAACAAGUAACAACAAUGGUCUUCUUCUCAUUCAAGGAGACAAAUCUUCAAACAAAAAAACACCUUUAUCCAUUAAUCAUCUCAUCAACUUCACUAGUGUUCCAACCUUCAAGAAGAAAGAUUCAUCACCUCAUCACAAAUCGUCAAACGUAAAACUCAGAGAAACACAAACACCAAGAAACAGAGCAUCAUCAACAGAGUUGCCUAGUUUUGCGAGCCAACCACAACCCCACAUUGCACCAAUCGCCGGCGGCGAGUUAGAGUACAUAACAAGAACACUAAGAAGAACAGGGAUCGACAGAGACACACCAAUCUCAUACGCUAAAUGGUUCUCUCCUUCACACCCACUCGAUCCAUCAAUCUUCUACUUCCUCGAACAUUUCGCUGUUACAUCAACCCGCCCUAGCAGAAGAAGCUCACCGGAAAGCCUCUCUCUCCGAUGCAACAGAAAGCUACUCUUCCACUUAGCCGACGAGAUCCUCGCCGAUAUCUUAAAACCACACAUCAACCUGAAACCUUGGGUGUGUAGUUACUCGAUACAAUCUCAGAGGAAUCUAAAAGGUUCGGAGCUCAUCGACGAGUUAUCUCGGAGAAUCGAACGGUUCCCUUUAGCAAAGUGUUUGGUUUUAGAAGACAUCGACGCUCUAGUCGCCGGAGACUUCCCGGAGAUCGAGUCGGCGUUUGAAGAGGACGGCGAAGGAAUCGUCACGGAGAUCGAGAAAGGAAUCUUUGAAACACUCGUGACCGAAACGACGACGGAUUACUUUACCGCGUGGAUGACCAAAACGGCGCCGCUCAAGCGUAACGAUGAUGUCAGUGGCACGUGGGGAGUUCACGUGACGAGAUACUCUUCAAAAGUGGGGUCCCACCGCGACUCGUUCUCAAGGAGAAUGAGACUUCCACGUGGAUAAAAGAAGUAUUCCACAUGGCAGACCUUUACUGGUUCUUCUUUGUAUAGAUCUCUCUCUCUUUUUUGUUUUUAAAGACUAUUUAUUUAUGUUAAUUUUCAAAUACUUUUG